CGCACAACGACAGAUUCACAUGUAUCUUGUAGCGCCCAUUGAAAUCAACUCCGGUAAGAUGCAAUUUUUGCCACACAGACUGAUUGUCUAGGCAUGCUUGCAAAAAUCCAAGAGACUAGCAGCAAUUCGAGUUUCACCUUUUGCAAGCGACGCUCGACCUCUACCGGUCACGUGAUCUUUUCGACUAUGACGUCGCUUGGACGUCGAACCGGGCUACGGCACCAAAAGUCAACGUCGACCUGAGUAGUCGUCGUCCUGCUCGAAACGACUUGUUGCAGUUGAUAUCCAGCUCGCCCACCGCGUAAUAAAACACGAACCAUUGUCACAUUAUAAUUCUCGUAGCCCUACUCACCUCGACGGUAACUUCGAAUUAUCUUUUGCAAACCCGCUGAAAUAACCCAUAAUCAUGACUCUCUACUACACCAUCUGCUUCUUGCUCCUCGCGGCUGAGAUGACGCUCUUCUCUUUGGUAGUGGCUCCGAUGCCAUUCAAGCUGAAGAGCAAGUUGACCUACUUCUUGGCGGAGAAUCCCGUUGUCGCCAAGAUUAGCUAUGGCAUGAAGAUAUCCUUCAUAUUCGUGGCUGUCCUGUUCGUCGACAGUGUGCAGAGGAUGAUCAAGAUCGCACGAGAAGGUUCCGAAGCCAAGGAGGAGCGUGGAGUCCAGGAUGUCAGGGUCGAAACUAACUACCGCUCGAGAAAGUUCUACGCUCAAAGGAAUCUGUACCUCACCGGCUUCACUCUGGUCAUGGCUUUGCUGCUUACGAGAGCUUUCAUGAUCACGUUCGAUCUCGUCAAGACACACGAAGAACUCAACAAGCUGGGUAACUCUACCGCAAAGAACUCGGCUUCUUCCCGACAGACUCAGGACCUGCAAGACGAGGUUGCCGCUUUGAAAAAGAAGGUCCAGGCCAAGGAGGUUGAGAUCGCCAACGUCAAGAAGCAAGCUGGACAGAACGCUACUGCUUAUGAAGAGUUGUCAGGGCCGAACGCUAUCAAGGCCACCAAAUAGAUCAUCUAGAAGAGUAAAAGGCGAUAGGGAUGAAGCUUAUGGGCAAGUAACAAUCGAAUGCGCCAGAAGCAAGAUCUGGGGGGAGGUAGUAGACAAGAGAUAUAAUGCUGGAUUCAAACAUGCAUAAUCUACACAAC